GUCGAAAUAUGAGAUCCUGGGGAUUUAUCGUCGCUUUCGCAGCUAUUCUUACCAAUCAUGCUGAAUCAAAACUUCCGGAUUCACCUCAAGCGAUGUCCGCACGUAUUGACAAAAUGAUUAAUCAUCUGUUCAACCGCGCUAAAGUUUAUGAGCAGGAGUUUUAUAAUGGUAUAGACAUAGCGUACUUGUUGAUGAGGAGCGAAAGCCUCGCUUUCGGUACUGUGAGCAUGAAAAAACCUCCAUUUCAGCACCUCAUAGUAGCAGCUCGUGAGGAGGGGAAAAACGUUGACGAAUGUGUGAAUGCACGCGAAUCAAAAGUUUUACCUCUUGAGAAUAAACACACAGGGCAGUUAGAUUUUUGCCGAGAUGAGCACAUACCAGAUUACACGCGCAUGAACAACGUAACUGAGAAAUGGCGAAGAAAAGGAAAGAAUCUCCAAAAGAUGAUCCCGGAUUAUUCUGAAUGUUUUAAAAAAAAAUGUGCGCAGCAGUGUCAAUCGAUACGGUGUACCCUGUUUAAAAAAAAAAUCGAAUCUUGGCGAUCCAGACAGCGAAAGUUGAACAAAAAACUGGAAAAGUUCAAUAACAGAAAGAAGAACAGAACUUUGGAAUGCUACGCAACAUCGAAAAAACAAUUUCUGAAAGGUCAUGCUUUUCAUAACCAAAUCGCUGUAGAAUGCAUCACUGCAAUUCGUUCGCAUAAGAGGGGGCCGUAGAGUAGGUGAUACAUUGUCAACAGAAAAUAUUUUACUGAUACUAGAUAAGAUUCCAAAAUUGUUUUUCAAUUUUGAACUGAAGGACUGAGAACAGAUUUUUCUGACGUAAGGUAUUAGAAUAGAAAUUGUACAUAAUAUUUGACGAUGUAAUUUAGGCGAUUAUUAUGCAGAAAUAAAUGUGAUUCAUUUACAAAGUUCACUUAGGUAAUGAGAAUAAUAAAUAUUAUUAAUUAGACGGUUAAUAAUACGACGAAUAACAUAACAAUAUCAAUAAUAUGUUUUGAAUACGUCGGGUAUGGCUUAUCAGGAUGUAAUUGCUUCUCAUCAAUUUUACAAUUAUUAUUAUUAUUAUUGAGGAUUGUUUUCCAGUAAGGUAAUAUAUGUAGAAAAAGUCAUUUAAGGAUAGCUCUAACCGCCAUUAUAAGAAAUACUCAAAUUUUUAUGAGAAUGAGGCGAAUUUAUAGGAACAAGUGUAAAUUAUUUGGCAUCAGAGAGAAUCGCAUUUUUGUGAGUUACAUUGUUGUGAUUAUUUACGAUCACGACAUGGGGAAAAAAUUCAGUGAACGGGAAUGAAACCAUUUGAAGUCAAUUAGCGAGUGAAUAAUUUACUCGGAAAUCACUUCAAAAUGAAUUUAAAAUGACUUAGAAGUCACUUUCAGAUUAUGAUAUCAUGUGAAAUCCAAAUUGUGUCAUGAUAUUCGAAGAUGAAAAACCUUAUUACGUAUAAAUUAUGAAUUUCGUAUGUAUCGUGGUGAA